GAGCCCCAGAGGCCGGACAGCUUCCUGGAGAAGUUUACGAUGGCAGGAGGGGCGGUGAGUGAAGGACAGGACCUCAGGAGGGCCGCCGGCUGCUGCAGGAUUAAGGACUUCGCCGACCGCGACUUCACCGUCGACACUUCCAAGGAAUUCUACUAUAGAUGGUUAUGCGUGAUGAUGAUGACGCUGGUCUACAACCUUAUCAUGAUCAUCGGCCGAGCUGUGUUCUGGGAGCUGCAGAACGUCUUGCCUUCAAUAUGGUAUUUCCUGGACUACACUUGUGACGUCAUCUACAUCCUUGACAUGGCCGUUCGUGUCAAUGAAGGUUACCUGGAGCAAGGCCUGCUGGUGCGAGAUCGUAAGAAGCUCCUAAGGAAUUACUUGCGGUCGAACGUGUUCAAGUUAGACGUGAUAUCCAUCUUGCCUACAGAUAUUGCCUACAUCUUCAUAGGCCUACGAUGUGAUCAACGUGUGCCUUGUCCAGUUCUCGUCAGGUUAAACAGACUUUUUAGAAUACCGCGCAUGGGCGAAUUCUUCGAGAAAACGGAGACGCUAACCAACUACCCUAACGUGUUCCGCAUCUGCAAGAUAGUUUUCUACAUCCUCGUCAUCAUCCACUGGAACGCCUGUCUUUACUUCGCCAUUUCGUUCGCUAUCGGCUUCGGCUCCGACAAAUGGGUGUACAGGAACCUAACUAUCGACAAUAAUCACCUCUUCUCCCGCCAGUAUAUUUACAGGUUCUGAAAACGCUUCCUGAUAAACUCAAGGCUGAGAUCGCCAUCCACGUUCACUUGGAUACGCUCAAGCAAGUGAGAAUUUUCCAAGAUUGUGAACCGGGGCUCCUGGUCGAACUUGUGCUCAAACUUACGCUUCAGGUGUUCAGCCCCGGCGACUUCGUGUGUCGCAAGGGUGACGUGGGCAAGGAGAUGUACAUCGUCAAGCGCGGCAGCCUCUCCGUGGUCGCUGAUGACGGCAAAAAAGUCUUCGCAACCCUUGGCGCCGGCAGCGUCUUUGGCGAGGUUUCCAUCCUAAACAUCGCUGGCAACAAGACAGGCAACAGACGCACGGCAAACGUGCGCUCUGUAGGAUACUCGGACCUCUUCUGCCUGUCCAAGGAUGAUCUGUGGGAUGCGCUUACCGAGUGUUCGUCUGACAACGAUUUGGCCGUCACAGAGAGCACGCUGGACGCGUUGAGCACGCGUCUGGCACGUCUGCUGGCAGAAUAUUCGUCCAUGUGCCAGCGCACCAAACAGCGCCUCACACGCCUCGAACAGCGCUAUAGCGCCGGACACAACUCUGCCAGGUACAGCUUGGUGCGAGAUAAGAGCUAA